AUGUCGUCGUCUUCGCAGGUCACCGAGUCCUGGGUCGCGUCCUUCUGCGGCCUGCUCGGCCACGAGUACUUUGCAGAGGUCUCCGAGGACUUCAUCGAGGAUGAUUUCAACCUCACUGGCCUGCAGUCGCAGGUGCCCAUGUACAAGGAGGCGCUGGAGAUGAUCCUGGACGUCGAGCCAGAGGACGAUGAGGACGAAGAAGAGGAAGAAGAGGAGGACGAGGACGAGGUCCUGGGUGACGAGCGGGGAGCCUACCGGAGGGCAAGCGACCGCAGGCACCUACGGAUAGCGUCAGACCUCAGCGUGAUAGAGAGCUCUGCCGAGCUGCUCUACGGCCUCAUACACCAACGCUAUAUCACCUCCAGGCCGGGCAUUCAGCAGAUGGCAGAGAAGUACGAGCUCCAGCACUUCGGCACCUGCCCGCGCGUGAACUGCAACUCGUGCAAAGUCUUGCCGGUCGGUCUGAACGACAGCCCCGGCCACGAAACCGUCAAGCUCUUCUGCCCCUCCUGUCUCGACGUCUACACGCCGCCCAACUCGCGCUUCCAGACCGUCGAUGGCGCCUUCUUCGGCACAACCUUCCCCUCCCUCUUCUUCAUGACUUUUACCGACCUCGACAUUGGCGGCGGCCUACGCAACAGUACGUCUACCACCAUCGACGCCCUCGCCCAACUGCAGGCCCAGAGCGCCGAGACGAAGUCACGCAACAACACAACACCCGCGAACGUCACCAUGAUCAAUGGCGUAGCGCCGCACAACCUUGCGCCAGGUCUUGGAAUAGGAUCUAUCUACGAGCCCCGCAUCUACGGCUUCCGCGUCAGCGAGCGUGCUCGCUCGGGGCCACGCAUGAAGUGGUUGAGGAUGCGACCCGGCGACGUCACAGAACUCGACGAGACGCGACGAUACUGGGACGAGCGGGCCGAGGACGAAGACCGACCCGACGAAGAUGACAUGAACAUGGUGGACGUAGCAGAGGGCGGCAAAGGCGGUGCACCCGCCAAUCGCGCGCGAAAACAGGCCAGGACAAGGAGGCGACCGGCAAACGGCAGUGGAAUAGGAGUGCAGCAGGCUGAGGGCAGCCCGAUGGACACGAACGGCGUCGGCGUCGAUGCUGCGGCCGGCUAG